GGCGAUCGCUGACUAAAGUGUCACUGCAAGAGAAGGCAUUAAAUCAAACAGGGACCCGUCACGUUCUGCGAAGAUUAAACGAAGUCGUUUACUGCUUGAAGAAUGCUUUUCUUCUGUGGUUGACACCGAAAGGAUUGAAAUCAGGACCGAAACUGUUUAACGUUUCUGUUGCAUAACCUAAGAAGCAUACAAGCAUUAAGGUGCCUGCUAAGAUGAUGGAGCUCUUUCCUUGUUCCUGCUGGACAGUCCUUUUUCAGUUACUUGUGCUUCUGUUUUUAACAAACUUUGGAAUUUCUAAAAACAUAAACUUUUACAAUGUAAAGCCACUAAUGAAUCCAACACCUUUCCCGAACAGCUUCAAGUGCUUCACUUGUGACCAUGCAGAAGAUAAUUACAACUGUAACAGAUGGGCUGAAGACAAAUGGUGCCCACAGUAUACAGAAUACUGCAUGACAGUUCACCAUUUUACAAGUCAGGGCAGAAGCAAAUCAGUAACAAAGAGAUGUGCUUUUAAGGAAGAAUGUCGAGCUGUGGGAUGUAGACAUCACAGAGAUACAGGUCAUACGGAGUGCAUCUCUUGUUGUGAAGGCAUGGUCUGCAAUGUUGAGGUCCCAACAAAUCACACUAAUGCAGUAUUUUAUAUGGCACAGUCUUGGAGAUCCUCAGGACCCAGAAUUUCUGCAGUUAGAACUAUAACUUUCAGCAUUACAGUGUUUGUAUCUUUAUUUUCAUGAAAAAAAAACUUCUUUUAGUUACUGAAAACAUAAGGAUGAUUAAUUACACCAGAUGUACAAGAGAAAUAUUCAAUUGUGAAUAUAUGGAAAGAAAGACCAUUGUGCAAUGGUGCAAUGACUUAUCAGUCUGAUGUGUAAAACAGUGCUGAGAAAAGACUGUUCAUGGGAAUAUUCAGUUGAGUUAAUGUGAAACUAAUUCAGAAACAAAAGGAACAUAUUACAUGUUUAACUCAUAUGGUACUUAUCUGACUUAUGCUUUGAAUCUCAGCCAAUGACAUUUUAAGGAAAACUCAACAUGAGUAGAUUUUGCUUUUAAGUAAACAUUUGUACUGCACUUCACAAUUCUAAAAAGCAGUAUUUAAUGACAGCAUUAUAUCUUCCAACAUCAGUAACAUAUGUAUACAGUAGUUUGAUGAUUUUAUAUGCAGUCUAGAUUUCAGGGCCCGUAUUUAUCAAGAAUCUUAGAAUUACUCUCAGGAAUUGCACUAAAACUCAGACUAGGAUAAGAAUGUGUCCUACCUCAGACUAGGACAAGAAACGUUUUUGUGAAGUAACCUACACCUACUCCCAGCUAGCAGUAAAAGUUCAUGUUUGAGAAUGAAUAACAUCACAAUUUCAUGGCAGCCAAAGCCGCAAAAUGGUACUCUUAACGAUGAUAUUGUAGUUGAAAAUCAUGAUAUGUUUUGUAGUUUUCUGAUACUAACACUAUGACUUCACUACAAAGAUAAUUAUAAAAAUAAUAAUAAAAGGUAGAAGGAGAACAUAAUGUGGUAGAUUAGUGAGCUAACAACAUCUUAAAUAAUACCGUAACAAGCACCAUGAUGGAAAGACUGAGAAACACACACACAGAAUGAAGAGUAAAGCCAGAUAACAUGCUUGCUUAUUUAACAAUGAAAGGUCCACAGCUGCACUUGCAGAAGAAUAAACGUUGUGCUGUUAAGGCCACUAGAAGCACCUCAUAAAGUAACAGUUAUAUUGAAAGUAGCCCCUUUAUAUGUCGGGUUUACUCUUCAGGUAUAUAUUAUAGUAUGCUGUGCCUCUGUCUGUGACUUUGUAUUCUGUGAGACUGUAUUUAUCCAAUACCACAGGAGUCUGCACCUGCCUUCUUUAAACUUCCCAGGCUUAUAAUCUAUCAUUUUAAUUUUCCAGGGGCUCAUAGAAUGCAGAAGUCUGCAUACCUGUGUGACAUUUCACUGUCAGUCAACCAUCCUGCUCCACUUAAUUUCAGGAUAAUAUAUUGGCUACCACAGUAUAGUUUACAUCCAUGAGUACCUGUGUGUUUAUAGUAUGAUAUGCUUGUGAUUCACAUAUGCAUGCUUAUUCAUACUUGAGGAAAUGAUGUGCAUGUGGGGCUGAUUUGCAUGAAUGCUGCUUGUGUUAACAUCACCUCAUGUGGAGAGGUGGGGAAAUGUAUUGAUCUGGGUAUUACCUCACAUGUUGGAAUGGGGUUCAAAGUUUGAUAAUUCAAGGAAUAGUUGGUUGCGACAUACCCAAAUAAUAAUUACUGCAGAGAUGCAUUGUACAUUUAACAUUACAAACAUUUUAAUUUUGGCUGGCAGUGCAUGUUUUUUCUGUGUAAAUGAAACAAUCACAUAACAUACACGAUUUGUUAGUAAUAUUAUUCCAUCCCUGGCAAAUUAAUAUUUUUUAUGAGUUUAUUGCAGUACAGCAAUUCCAAAACAUUCUGACUUUUUCCAGUAUGUGUGCUAAUCACUGCCUGAACUGUCUUCUGGCAGCUCUUAGCGAGUUGGGACAGUUCACAAGCUCUCCUAAAUCCUGGUGAAGUUAGGAGUAGUUUCCUAAAUUAGGAAAUUUCACUCCUACUCCUAAAAGUAAAAGCAAAUUUGUGUCACUUUGAGUUAGCUGGGACAGUUUUCAUACUCAGACACUUGAUAAAUAUGGACACAGGUUUCAAAAUACUGUAUUUGCUAAAAUUUGAAGAAAUGGUUCAAAUCUAAUAAAGAAGAAAAUGUAUGUAAUAUCAUAUUUGACAUGGUUGUUUAUGCUUUAAAGUUUAAAAAGAGGAAUGUCAAAUCAUACUUCCUUUAAUUGAAAGGAUAUUUUGUAAAACAUUUUUGAUAUUUAAUUAUUCAUAAUGUAUAUUUA